AAAUAUAUGUGCAUGUUUUAGGGUUGGGCGGUAUCCAAAUUUUGACCGGGGUAUACAGUAUUACCGUAUUACCAAAAUGUUUUAGUACAACUUUGGUAAACUACGAAGCCGCACCGCUAUGACCUGCAGACUAUACGCGUGUAGCCGCACGUCAAUGCGAGGGCAGCUCCAUUGGCAGCUGCAGCAGGAUGUAAACGCGCAGCACUGGCUCCAUGUCUGUCAAUGGGAAAGAAGAUCAAACUUGACUGGGCGCGUUUAGCCACUUGUAUCAUGUCUACAGUGAAACUAACAGCUGAACAGACUUGUAUUUACCUUCUGUACAGGCUCACCACGGCAAACGCGAGGAUUUAAAUUUUAAUGCACUAAUUAACAGUAUUUCUGGACCUGGGCUCUUUCACAUGACACAGAACUGCCCCAGGAGCACAUUGUGCUGAUGGUAAACGCACAAAUACAACCAAAGAUUCAUGCUCUCUGUGUAUUUUUAUGGGGAUACCCGCCUACGCUCGUGUAGAGCGUCAAAAAAAAAAAAAAAAAAGGAUAGAUCCUAUUUUCUGAAAUCUACGUGCGCAGGACUUGCUGCUCCAUACGCGAGUCUAGCGCGUGCAGUGGAGCCGCCCUCAUUCACUUUCCAUGCAUUCUAAAAGUUACAUGUCCAAAAGUUGCAAUUUUUACGCUCGCGUAGGGUGAAUUUCGCAUGCAGUGGAGCCAGGCCCAUAAUCUCUGAAAAGUUCAAGCACGAAACGUUUCCAACGCGACAUGCACAGAACAGACUCAUCCGUCAGUUGCAACAUCCUCUGUCACAGAAAGAACAUAUAUUCCACUGAAAAAAACAUCAGCAUCAGCAGCACAAGAAGCAAACUGUUUUUAUCAGCGCUUACAGCCAAACAAAUGUAGAUAUCAAUAAAUUAUAGUAUUAUAUUAGGUCCUUACGCGCUGCAGUUUUUUUUUUUUAAUGACUGUAAUGAAACUGAUACCAUUGCUAUUUUUUCAUACCGCGGUAUACCGUAAUACCGUAUUACCGCCCAACCCUAGUAUGUUUGAUUAGGCCUAGCGUUUGUGUGCAUUGGUGUAAAAAUAAUAAUUUUAUGAUUAAUGUUAUAUAUUUUUGUCUUUCUUUCAUCAUUGUAAACCCUCAUUGUUUUAAAUGGUCUUUGGAGGAGAGCCCCACUGGCGUUCUGGUCUGUCUCACACAAAACGAAUAGAGUGAUCUUACAAUUCAUGUUUCUCAGUCAAAUAAAGUGAGCAAAAAAUGGCAAAGUGGAGACAGGCGCUGAGGCGCCAUUAUUAUAUAAGGUCAUAAAAUGGGGCCAUUACCAUCAAGGACCCCAUUACAGAGGGCAUUUAUUCAUCAUCAUCAUCAUCAUCAUCAUCAUCAUCAUCAUCAUCAUCAUCAUCAUGUAGCCUCAUCAUCAUCAUCAUCAUCAUCGGCAGCAGCCUCACCAUUACAGUCAUCAUCAUUAUCAUUAGGCCUGUAAUCAUCCACCAGGGGUUUGGAGGGGCCAGGAUAAAAAGCCAGCCCUCCACUCUCGCCCUCCUCACAUGUCCUCAGCUCCUGGGGAGGAACGCAGUCUUUCACAAGCUCUUGCUGUCGGGCUGCAGAUUUACAGAUGGACUAUUUUAAAAUUUAUUUUUUAUCUUAAAUAAAGGUUCUUAAGUUCACAGCAGCACAUUGGAUGUAGCAAGACGUGGCGGCUGAGAUCGGUUUCUCUGUGUAUUCUCUGGGUGAUGAGGAGAGCUCCGUUUAUAGCCCACUCACAAUGGAAAGUGAUACAGGCAACUCACACAGUCUGAGGGGAGACCAGAGCAGAGGGGUCCAGACUGAACACUCGUUCCCACCUUACCUUUCCUGUCGAGGCUGUGGUCAGCUCUGGCAUGACCCUUUGGGACCUGGGAUGGAUCAAGUUGGUCCUUUCUGCCUUAGAUGCUGCAAAGCUAAAACAACAGACUUCUGUUUACCUUUUGGUGGUGGAGUCAGUGGCAUUCACUCCCAAACUGAAGAGGACGGUGAAAAAAGCAUGGCUGACAAAGCACAACCGUGUGAGGAUAAAUCCUCCAAACUGCCCUCCUGUCACCUCUGUGGUUUCUCAUCUCGCUAUGCCAACCACGUCAAGCGCCACAUGAAGACGCACAACGGUGAGAAGCCUUUUAACUGCCCGCUGUGCACGUACGCCUCUGCACAGCUGGUCAACCUGCAGAGGCACCUGCGCAUCCACACAGGAGAGAAGCCCUACAAAUGUGACCGCUGCAGCUUCGCCUGCAGUUCCCUUGGCAACCUGAAGCGCCACCAGCGCAUGCACAUGGUCUCAGGGCUGGGUCAGCCCCUCCUGAAUCGCCCUGCCGCUGGUCUCUCAGUUCAGAGGAGGCACCCGACUGGACAAAGGGCCAAUGAACAACUCUCUUCGGCCAAAGUUUCACAGGUGCCAAGGUCAACAUCCAGUGUGACUUCUAGAGCAGAUGAUGACUAUCUGUCUGCUUUUGAAAGCCUGAAGCAAGCCUCACCACCACCUAUAACUGCCAUAAAUCCUGCCCCAGGACCUCCAACUGCUGCCCCACAGCACAGCACAGACAGCAGAGUUACUGACAGGAGUCUACCCUCCACCCUGUUCCCCUUCACUUGUCGGCUGUGUGGUGUUAUUCUGGAGGACGAGGAUGGCACUUCUGCUCAGAUAUGUCCCAAAUGUACUCUGGAGAUGCUGACUAAAGACUCUGGCUCCCCCCACAGCCCUGGGGAGCGCAGUGACAAAGUAUACACCUGCUCGGCCUGUCCUUUCCUCACACAUUACCCCAACCAUUUGGCCCGCCACAUGAAGACUCACAGUGGUGAGAAGCCAUACAAGUGCCCUCAGUGCGACUACGCCUCGGCGCACUUUGACAACCUCAAACGACAUCACCGCGUGCACACGGGCGAGAAGCCAUUCAAGUGCCAUUUGUGCGAGUACGCCUGCGGGAACCUGGCCAACCUCAAGAGGCACCAGCGAGUCCACUCGGGUGCCAAGCCUUUCCAGUGCACUGUGUGCAACUACAGUUGUAACCAGAGUAUGAAUCUCAAGAGACACAUGCUGAGACACACAGGGGAGAAGCCCUACAAGUGUGAGGAGUGCGGCUACACCACGGGCCACUGGGACAACUACAAACGGCACCAGAAGAAGCACGGCCUGGCCUCGGACGGCUGGGUUAAAGUGCCCCCCAGUACUCAGGAGGAUAGGGAAGGGACACAGGACAAUGUGGGAGUUCACAGGAAGGAUCUAACUGUCAAUAUGCAGUAUGUGCCGAGAGAGAGCCAGCCACUACACUCAUGCUACAAACUGGAGGUUGUAUAAGAGAAACUACCAGCAAGGGACUGUUAUUACUGAGUGUCCAUCCUAAAUGUGCGUCUGUCAUGUCCAGAGGCUGCUAAUGUUUUUGAUCAUUCUUGUUUCAGAAACUGUUAGGACAGUGGUUGUCAAACUUAAGUUUUCAGCUUUGCUAGGCGUAUCAAACUAAAGUUAAUACUAGAAACAAGAAAUGCUACCACCUGUGGUACAUGUGACACAAUUUGAGAACCACUGUAAAAGAGGUUUGAGUUUUGUCUAUAAAUUGUUAUUUUGAUCAGCUCUUUAUUUAGUGGUGUUUCAUUGUCAUGCAUGUUUACAGCAGCACUGUGUAGAUUUGUAAUACCUCAUUUGUAGAGUACUACAGUGAAAUGUAGUAACAAUUACAUAUUGAAUUUUACUGAAUGUAGUGGCGACUAUUGGUCCUUCAUCAAACAAACAUAUAUAGUGAUACUUUUUUUCUAUGUGCAUAGUGUUCUAUUUGUAAUGAAUUACUUUGUAUCUAUGGUAACACAGCCCCUUUUACCAAAGUACUCAGGUUUACCUACAAUAUAAAGUAGUAGCACCAGGCAUGCACAACUGUUCAAAGCACAUCAGUUGUUAAUUGGACUAUUUGAGCAGUGACCUAAACCCCUCCCCUCUUACCAUAUCAUGAACAUGCAGCUGACAUGUUUUAAAUGAAUGUAUUAUUUGAUCAGAAAAGCAAUCUGUUUACACCAUGUUUUACUUGAAAUGACAGUAAAGCAUGUAUGUGGUAUUUUAUUAGUUGUUACAUUGACUUCACUGUUAAUUAGUAUAGAAAGUUUGUUUUAUUGUGAAAUUUAUCACAGAAAUUGGAGGAAUUAUGCAAGAGGUUUCAGGUUGCCAACAUGCCAUUAUAUGGACAUUGACAUGCUCCUUGUUACCAUUGUUUUAUGCAGUGAUUCAUAAAUGCCUUAAGUGAAAAAUUCACAGUAUUUUGAUGAAUGUCAAAUAAAGAUUUUACCAUGGAAUAA